GAAAGUUAGAAGAGGAAAGUGCAAAUCAAGCUCGUUAGUCGUUAUUAUUCCUCUUAUUCUACUCUCAAACUGGGGUUUCAACUAAAAACCCUUUCAUUCUCAAAUUGAGGGAGAUGGUGACCGAAUUGGAAGAUGCAGAAUUGAAGAGAUUAGAGUCUCAAGUAGAGCAUGGCGGAGGAGGUGCCUGGGAGUACCUUUCUUUGGUUCGAAAACUCCAUGUUCGACGGUCUGAGAAGGUUUUAAAGUAUGGUUUAUGGAUCUUGAAUGAUCCCAAAAAACGAUCUACGCUUGGUGAUGAAGAAUGGACAUUAUACGAGCAAGUUGCCAUUGCAGCCAUGGACUGUCAUUCUCUUGAUAUUGCAAGGGAUUGCAUUAAUGUGCUGACCAAGAAAUUCCCUGAGAGCAAAAGGGUUGGUAGGUUACAGGGGAUGUUACUUGAAGCAAAGGGUUGCUGGGAAGAAGCAGAAAAAACUUACUCAAACCUUCUAGAGGAAAAUCCACUUGAUCAAGUCGUCCAUAAAAGAAGAGUGGCUAUGGCAAAGGCUGAAGGUGAUCUUCUUAAAGCCAUUGAAUGCCUUAACAAAUAUCUUAAAGUAUUUAUGGCUGAUAAUGAUGCGUGGAGGGAACUUGCAGAAAUUUAUGUCUCCCUGCAGAUGUAUAAGCAAGCUGCUUUUUGUUAUGAGGAGUUGAUCUUAGCUCAGCCCACAAAUCCUUUGUAUCACCUUGCGUAUGCUGAUGUGCUUUACACUCUUGGGGGAUUGGAGAACCUUCAGACAGCAAAGAAAUACUACGCUUCUACUAUAGAUAUUACCGGAGGCAAAAACGUUAGAGCACUCUAUGGUAUAUGCCUGUGUACCGCUGCUAUUGGACAGCUAGCUAAAGGCCGAAAUAAGGAUGAUAAAGAGAGUGUCGAGUUGCGAUCUCUCACUGCAGCAGUCUUGGAGAAAGAAUACAAGAAUAGGGCCCCUAGCAAGCUUCCUAUCCUCAUGUCCACUUUGAAAUUGUUUUAACUUUCAUGGUUUUACCAUGGCUACUUUAUAAUUAACUAAUUGAAAUUUAUUUCUUAUUUUUCAUGUUGAUUGAUAAAUGUUUUGUUGGAAUGAUAACUCAUUUUGUUCUAGUUGCAUUUAAUUAGUACUUUAUAUGUAUUCAUUACUA